UUUAACAUUUCUUCUUAAAAAAAAAAAAAAAAGAAAAGAAAAAACUAGUGAAACCAUGGAAAAUAAGUUGAAUAAAUGAGGGACAUGGCAUUAGGAUUAGGAAGAGUAAAUAUCUAACUUACACACAAAAAAAUACUAUCGUUUCAUUGCAAUAACCUCAAAACUCAAACGUUGUUCGGAUCACAUCAAUGGCAGAAAUGGAACCCAAACCAAAAGAUUCGCUUUCAGAACAUGAUGUGAAAUCUCCAAACAUUCUUGAGCGAGCUAAGGAGGAGAUUGAGGCGGUUUUUAAUCACGACAAAGUGCCUCACCAUCACAAAGAAACUCAUGGUAGAAAUGAUGACAUUGAUGAGGGAACUUCUGUUGAAGAAGUCAAAGCUCCCAGUGUGUUUGAAAGGGUGAAAGAGGAAAUUGAAGCUGUGGUUGAGGCCAUUCUUCCAAAGAAAGAAUCUAAUGACUCCCCAAAGUGAUUCCUAUUAAUAACUAGCUAGCGUGUACCUUUUAUUAUUUUGUAAUAAAGAGUGUCAAGCUUGUAUCUUAACACUUUUAACCAUCAAAACUACUAUGUUUGCUUUGUUUAUGUUUCCUUUAGAUAUGAAAACUAAAUUAUUAUUCUUUUUUUAAUUUUCAUUUGGAUGCUGAAUACUUUUGUUUUCAGAAAAGAAAAAAAAUUGCCCUUUGGACUGUUUCAUUA